UGACAGUCAACGCAGACAACCGGUGGAACAGUCGGGACAGCGUUGUCGGGAGGGAGAGCGAGAGGAGAAUAGGAAUAAUGUUUACGGUAUUUUGGUAAUAAGAAAAAAUCGAUAUUCAUCGAAUAUUCGUUGCGUCGUCGUCAUACUCCGAAUAUUUUUUUAUUGCGGCAGCGUUGGGCAGAAACCGCAGGUGGAGCCACCCCCACCCCAGCGAGCUCAUUAUCAUAUCCAGCAGAAUCAGCUGCAGCUCCCACCCCACCUUCUCCACCCAGCAUCAUCAUCUCGCUCUCUCUCGCCGCACGUCACCUUUAAAGGGGAUACAGUACCCGGCACCCACAGCACACACAGUCCCACAGCACACACACACACAAACAAGCACACACACAUUUGACACGCGUCUAUUUUUAAUGCCCCCCGCGUGAUCAAUAUCAGGGCCCAACCAGACACUCACGAAUACGCGUGGCUGUGAAAAGGAGAAGGCAGAAGGAGACCGAUACAGACAUAUCCCCGUGUAGCCUCCGACACAGGAUAUUGGGGCAAAGUGCUGCUCGGCUUGAACACACACACGUACACACACGCACAGACAUCCCCAGCGCGGGUGUUAGAACCGAGGCGCUUGAACGGAGGAGCUCCAGGGCUCGUGCGGGAUUGCUCCUCCUGCUGCUCCUCCUGCUGCUGCUCCUCCUGCUGCUGCUGCUCCUCAUUCUCGCCAGCGCCAUGGCCGCUUGCUGCAGCGGAGGAGGACUGAUUGUUGCUCUCGCCUUGUGCUUUGUAGCCGCAAGCCCAGCGGAGGCCGUGUGCGUGGAGGUGGACUCCGUCGACAGGGUGGUGGUGAACGACACGAUCAAGCUGACGUGCAUCUCGUGUCGCAAGCGGCAGGAGCAGGACGCCUUUGUAGACGUCACUUGGACGUUCCAGCCCAAGGGGGAGAACACGACCGCCGUGGACAUCCUGGUGAUGAAACGAAAUGGUGAGAACAUUAAGGUCAUGAACCCGCAGUUUGAAAUAGGGCGUAUACGGCUCGCUUCCAGCAAGGACUACCAGGAGGUGUCCCUCGAGAUCAACGACACGAAACUCGAUGACAUGGGGACCUACCGUUGCCAUAUCUACCGCAUCCUCGUGAUGCCCACCGUCCCCUACCCCCCUGAGUUCUUUGUGACGAAGACCAUCCACCUCGAGGUGCUCCCUGAACCCUUCAUGGACGUGACGGCAAAGGUGUCGGAGGUGAUGAUGUACUUCAUGAUCGUCGCUAGCACCGUGCUGCUCAUCUUCACGCUCAUCACGUGCUACAAGCAAGUGAAGCAGGCUGACAUAGACAAGCGUAACAAAGUCACUGACCUCUUGGUCAUCGCCCCGGUGAACAAGGAGAACUGCGCUACAGAGCAGGCGGAGGAAGAGCUCAAGAGCAGCUCCUGAGCCGCUCGUGCAGCCACCAGCAGCUCGGACGCCGCAAGAGCUGUUCUCUUACGGCACGGCCCAGCGGGGUGGGCGCCGCUGCCAUCGCCAUUCAUCGGCUUUCCAAUGUUUUGUCUUUUUUUAUUUUUUGCCUUCUUCCCUCCCCCAACUCACCCCCCCCCCCCCCCUCCACGUAUGAGAUGGAACGCGACCGAAAGGAUGUCCACCGAGGUCGAUGGAGCGAUGAGAUCACGUCGCGUGCAGGUUCUGGGGGGGAUCACUGUAUCGCAUGAUCGUGAGAGAUGACGACGACCAGGCCUUAAUCCAGCAGUGGAUUAAAAAUUGUUGAUGAUUAUGAAAAGCACUAUAUAUUCUAUACAAAAAUAUUACUCGGAAAUUAUUAGAACGUGUAUUCAGAUGCCCUUCCAGGAAAUGUAUCCUACUCGUGACCUGGAUGAAAAGGUAUGUCCGUUAAAUAUAAACGCAUUUAGGGCAUGGUGAAUAGGAAGCAUAAAUUGGCUCCAUGUGACGAAUUCCAUCCAAUCACAGGCAGCGCAUAUCAGGUUGCUGUGAAAACGGUGUGUAAAUUGCAGAACAUGUCACAGAUUCGAUCCAAUCACAGAUAUCUCUAAUCAGAAAGCACCUGUGGGAAAAAAGUCAUGAUUCAAAGUACACCAACACUAGUAAACCCUUCAUAAGAGACAAUUCUGUAUUGAAACGAUAUAAACUUACUCAACUCACAGAUAUAAAAACAAAGGUGAUUUUGAUUUAAAUCAAUAAAACGUUGAUUUCAUCUGCUUAUUACCGGAAACCCGGUAAAUGAUAUCACUUUUAGUCAUUUUAAUUUCUAUUUUGUAUCCUCACGUAAUUUGAUCUUUCGUUGACUUCGUAAACGGGGUGGAAUUGCUCUGCCUCUCCAAACUUGUUUAUCUUUAAAAUAUCAUACACGUGUAGUUAUCGACUUCCGACACACGUCUAGUAGAAGCUUCUUAUUUAUUAAGAGCACACAGGGCGAUACACUUCGUAACGCGGCUACACCCAGGCUGUCUAAACACGCAGCCCAUCUCCGUCCUGCGUAGCUAUGCUGGCUGGUUGACGAGCGUAGCGGCGGCGACGGAGCUGGACUUGCAGAAGAACAGCCACGUGGUCGAAGACGAAGAGAUGACGAUGGCAGUGACGCAGCCAGGAUCCAGACCCCAUGCUAACAGCCCCGAACCUCUGGUUCAGUGCUCCUUAUAGCUGCCUGCUGCAACCAAGCUCCACCCCUGGCCAUGCCCCCUUUCCAGAACCUUCGGGUUGGUUCCUGGAGCUUCUCGACUGACUCCACCCUUGACCUUUACCCCAGAUACGCCCCUUCAUAAUAAGGCAUUAUGUAAUGCAGCUAUCAUCGCAAUUACCCUUACAGGCCAGCAGGUGUCACCCUGUCAUUACACACGUAUCAAUUACAUUAACAUCAGAAACAUUUAACUUGUACUACGCGUGCUAUACGCACUACACAGAGGUAUGGUAUAUAAGCGGUACUCUAUGUGUGGCUUAACAACAAGACUCUAUUUAUCCAGAGCCUUCGUGACAAAGCCCAGAAAGCGAUGAGCAAUGAGCCAAAAUAUUUAUGCACUCGUGAGAUAUCAAAAGCAAUCUGAUGCGUAACUCUGGUUGCAAACCGUACAUUCGGUUUAAUGUGCAUUGAACUUAUUUCAUGAACAGUCUGGGCAGUUGGAGGUAGCUGGGUGCCUCUGCUAAGAACCUGGGUUCAAUACAAAUCCAGCUUUCGACUGCCCGGGCCAGAAUUAUUGCUAAAAAAUAAAACAUUGCAUUGUGUCGAAAUGGGAUUUUCACUUGAUUUGACCAACAUUCUAGUCCUGGUAUGCAAUCACAUUCAAUGCCACUGCCACAAUAGCUCACCGUCUCGUGACUUGAUACUGGUGGCACAUUUGGAAUACAAUUGGGAAAGAGGAAAACGCACGAGGUUGUGCAGCUUAAGAGGUGAUCGUGUUUAGGGGUUUAGGCUCCAUGAGUCUUCUCUUGAAAUUCGAAGACGGCCCAGUCCCACUGGCCCAUUUCAAUCAAGUCCUACUGGCUCUUGAUUACCGAGUGGGGGGUGGGCGGGGGGGCGACUUGAGGGGUCGAUCCGUUGGUGGCUAUGCACACCUGUGACUCGGCGAGGGGCUGAUGGAUCAUGUAGAGUUUUGCGAGACUCGCUGGGCCUAUGACGUGGUGGCCACGAGAUGAGUGGGUUUUAGUAAUUAAGAUACCUCCGAUGUGCAAAACAGGUCGUGGACAAACGUCCCAAUGCAGAAUCUUUGAUAAAAAAAAAAGUAUUGAGACUCGGAAAAACUUUCCUGGAUUUAUAACUGGCAUUACAUUUGUGAGCACAGGAGUGGAUUGGAUGGAUCAGAUUCACUGGGGGUUUGAACGAUACGGCUGGAUAGUCUUAACUCGUACAACAAACGCUGACACUGGAGUUUCGUGUUCUGUUCUACGGCAUGACAUUUUUUUACACAAAAUACUUUUGCAUAUUCCGUAGCUUUUAUUUGUAGGGUUGGAUAAAGCUAUGCAUUGCUUGUAGUGUGCUGGACACUCGUGCGUAAAACACGGUGUGGCUGGGAUUUUUUUAUGAUUAUUAUCAGGGUUUAAUUUCUCAUGGGAUAUUUUCUGAUGCCCCCCGCAACACCAAAUUCUUGUGACCCCCCUCCACCCCACUUCCCAUCCCUGAUAGCGGACAGGGGAAGGCAGGGACAUUUUACAGAGCUCCGGCCCAGGCAGCUCCAGUUGAAAUGAAGCCCUACUUAUUGUUCUUUAAUAAAGCGUUUUAAUAUUCGUAGCAAACCUCGGAGCGAAUAAUGUCUGUGCUGCUCCUGCGCACAGUCCAUUGACAACGCACCAAUCGCAAAGCAGAGACACCGACGGGGCUUUUAACAAAACACCAAGUGUUAUCGUGUUAUAAUGCUUUGCAUAUUAUAUACAUAUCUUAUUGGUGUUUAAGGGCACGUUAUACUACUGCUUUGGUUCUCCCCGGGUUGUGCUGCAUGGCUCUCCGAUGGCUUUUCAGGUUGUACCGCCUUGUUGCUGCUGCAGCAGCAGGAUAUUCCAGCACGUGAAGUGAAAUAUCAGACAUCCUGCCGAUCGACACAGAAUACAACCUGAAAACACAUCGGAGAACGAAGUGCACUGAGUGCGAGGAGAUGGGAUCGGAGGCUGACAUUGUAUAAUCCUUCCGAAGCUAAAGUUGUACUUAAUCCCACGGAAUGACGGGGUUAGUUUUGAAUGUCAUGUUUAAUGCAUGCAGCAGCACAUAUACGCAUGUGUUGUACUGAGCAUGACGUUUUUAUUUGAUGCAGUGUCAUGUAGAGCAGUAUUCGCACAAAAUACGUUUCCAAAGAAAAACGGCUGCGACGUUUUCUGACCGCAUACAGGGAGAGCUUAAAUCUGAGUAUCGACCCGAGUACGAGUGCAGUGCAGUGCUAACCAGCGCUUACAUUUCUGAAGUAUUUUCCAGGUCGCCGGUAGAUUGGAGUACGUGGCACGUGCCUGGCAGAUCCAACCCAUAGCGAGACGUAUACUGGACGUGGUGCGCCAGGCGUGGAAAUAUUCUCCCGGCUGAAAUGAAGCCCUGGCGCUAACGGACACUCGUCGACGUUCCGUGCGGAGGCGUGCGUGCGGGGUGACUGCGCCCUCUUACUCGUGUCCUUGCGGGAAAGCGGCUGGCCUGCAUGCGUGUUGCAUCGGUACGUUUCACUUGCUCGUUUGAUUUAUUUAAUGUCUGCCAACAAGCCUUCGGACGUACGCGUCAUUUUAAAUGGACCGCGUUCUCUUGGCAACCGUUUCCACUGUCAUGACGUUUUACAAAUACCGAUUAAAGAUGCUGUUGAAACGCA